AUGUCUACCAACCCCAGCACCCGCCUCGCCGACCUCCGCGCCCAAAUCCAAACCCUCACCACGCAGCACGAGAUCCUCCAAAGCGAGCACCUCUUCCUCGGCUCCUACAUCUACACUGGCGGCACGCUCGGCACCUUCUUCAGCUACGCCGUCAGCGCCGAGAAACAGGUCUCGGACCCCAAGGAGUGGGAGGACAUCCAGGCGAGGAAGAGGCAGAUUGUGAAGAAGAUGGAAAAUAUCCUUGCGGUGAGAGAGGAACUGAGGGGGAGGGAGAUGGAGGUAUUGGGGUUGGCAUUGUGA